GUUGUAGUUAUGUCAAAUCAUAGACUGACUUAAUUGCUUAAAUGAUUACAUCCUGUUUGAAUGUAUAUAUAUAUAUACUGUUCCAUUGUUAAACAGAAGAAUAUGAGGUUCUGUUUUAAAAUUGAGUUUAUAAUCAUUUGCACAGUAUUAUGGAAGAUUGUUCAGAUUGAUGGUGCUUGCAAAGAAUAUGGAGAAUCAUGUAUGAAAACUGUAUUUAACAAAUGUUGUGGUAGCAAUGUAUGUCAACUUACAGGACCAUUCAAUGGAAAAUGUGUUAGAUGUAUACAAACUGGUUAUUCAUGUUUACACAAUGGAGAAUGUUGUUCAAGGAACUGCUGGUUAUUUAGAUGUAAAUAAUAAAAAAAGUGUAUCUUGGUUACAAAGUGUAACGUAUAUAUUUAGUUACUUUAUUUUAAUGAUUACAUUUUAUAAAUUGGAAUAUAGAUUAUUUAUUUGCAA